AUGUGGCUUGAUGAUUUUCUUUCUGGUCGUAAUUAUAGAGUAAAGGUGGGGACCAUGCUGUCAGGUUCAAAACUAGCAACUUGCGGAGUCCCGCAAGGUGCAGUUUUGUCCCCAGUUCUUUUUGGGAUCUAUGUUAAUGAAAUAUCGUCAAUUCAUUGUAAACAAGGUUGCCUUCAAAAAUCCGAAUUUCAAAAUCCAAGUGAACAACUUUUGAAUGAUUCGAAUACAGUAAGAUUUGCAUUUAUUAGAGAUCCAAUUCAACGAUUCGUUUCCCUUUACAUCGACAAGUGUGUCCAGACUGACUUUUGUUUCGACUGUAAUAAGGAUAUGAGAUGUUUUGUUCGCAAUAUUUAUGAAACUUUGAAAAACAUUUCCAAUCAUAGAAAUGAGAAAAAAAGAAAAUUGAAUCUACUGGCACUCCAUUCUGCACCAUUAUCAUGGAUGUGCAAUUUUGAGAAGGAUCUUGAAAAAUGGGACUUGCUAAUGAUAGGAUCGGAUUUUGAGGAAAGAAAAUCGCCGAUUUUAAAGUUAGCAAACAUUUUAAAACGACAAGGAGUCAAUGAAACGACUGUGGAGAAGAUUCAGAAAGAAACACUGGGUGGGUAUCAAUAUACUGUUUGA